GAGAUCGCGCCACUGCACUCUAGCCUGGGGGACAGAGCGAGACUCCGUCUCAAAAAAAAAAAAAAAAAAAGAAAUAAUUCUAGAUUCAGAGGCCGGGCGCGGUGGCUCACGCUUGUAAUCCCAGCACUUUGGGAGGCCGAGGCGGGCGGAUCCCGAGGUCAGGAGAUUGAGACCACGGUGAAACCCCGUCUCUACUAAAAAUACAAAAAAUUAGCCAGGCGUGGUGGCGGGCGCCUGUAGUCCCAACUACUAGGAGAGGCUGAGGCAGGAGAAUGGCGUGAACCCGGGAGGCGGGGCUUGCAGUGAGCCGAGAUCGCGCCACUGCACUCCAGCCUGGGUGACAGAGCGAGACUCCGUCUCAAAAAAAAAAUAAUAAUAAUUCUAGAUUCAGAAGAGAUUACAAAAUAUACAAAAGUUUCCUGAGUAUCCUUUGCUUAGCAUCAUCAAUGUUAUCUUACAUAACCAUAAUAAUAAAAACCACGGAGUUCUGCUCUUGUUGCCCAGGCUGGAGUGCAAUAGCAUGAUCUUGGCUCACUGCAACCCUGCCUCCCAGGUUCAAGCGAUUUUCCUGCCUCAGCCUCCUAAGUAGCUGGGAUUACAGGCACCCACCACCACGCUCGACUAAUUUUUGUAUUUUUAGUAGAGACGGGGUUUCACUAUGCUGGCCAGGCUGGCCUUGAACUCUUGACCCCAGGCGGUCCAUCCGCCUCAGCCUCCCAAAGUGCUGGGAUUAUAGGCAUGAGUCACCACACCCAGCCUCCUCUUGCUACCUCUUUAUACUCACACUGUCCUCCCAAUAUGACCCAUGGUAGCCACUGAUCCCAUCACUCUAAUUUUGUCAUUUCAAGAAUGCUAUUAAAAUGGAAUCGUAAGGUACGCAACCUUUGAGAUAGGGCUUUGUUCACUCAGCAAAUUACCCUCAAGAUCUAUCCAAGUUGUUGGGUAUCUAAAUAGUUUUAAUUUUUGUUACUGAGUUAGUAUUCUUUUAAAUGGAUGCACCAGGGUUUGUGUAUACAUUCACUGUUGAUGGACAUUUGGGUUGUUUCCAGUGUUUUGCUGUUAUAAAUAAAGAUGCUGUGACUAUUUGUGUACCUGAUAUUGUGCGAACAUAAGUUUUUAUAUAUUUGGGAUAGACACUGGGGUCAUGACUGCUGGUGAAUAUGGUAAAUGUGUUUAUAAGAAACGGCCAAACUCUUUCCCAGAGUGGCUGUACUAGUAUACAUUCCCACCACCAGUGUGUGAGCAUUCCAUUUGUUCCAUGCCCUUUCUAGCUCUUGGCAUUGCCAGUGUGCUUUAGCUUUCCUAUUAGGUGUGUGGCAGUAUAUGAUCAUGGCCUCAACUUACACAUCCCUAACAGAAAAUGACAUUCAGCAUCUCUACAUCCACUGAGAACCAUAUCAAGUAAAAUGGUAACUUUUGCUUCCAACCAGGAAACCCAAUUUUUAAAACUCAAAAGCAUAUUAUAUUUUAUAACAUAUUUACCCUUUCUGUUCCUUUUUCUUCAUUCCUGAUGUUAUAUUUCCUUUAGUUAUUUCCUUUUUAUGUGAACUUACUUAAUCAUUUCUCUUUGAGCAGGCUUGGUGGCAAAAAAUUACUAGUUUCCCUAGAAACAGGGUUCCUUUUUUCUCUAUCCAGAGUUAUUUCCCUGGAUCUAAUGAGAUUAAUCCACUUUAUAAAUGGCAAGUUCUCUUUAUAAAAGUAAUAGACAAUUGCCAUAGAGUAUUGUGGCAGAAUUCAAUCCCUGACUCCAUAUUGAGUAAUUUACUUCUUUGAAAAUAUUUUUUGAGCUUCAACACCAUGGCAGGCAUGUUGUAGACAAUGGAGACACAUCAAUGAACAAAACAGGCAAAGUGCUGGCUUUGAUAUGACAUACAGUCUGGUAAAGGAGACUGAGUAAGAUAAAUACAAAAUCGAAUUCAGAUAAGCGCUAGGAAGAAAUAUAAAGCCUAGUAAGUUCAUAGAUUGUAACCAGAGUUAUUUUAGGAAGAGUUCAGGGAAGGCUUUUCUGUGCAGAUAUAAUUUGAACCAAAGCCUAAAUAUACUGUGGGGAGACAGCCAUCAUAUUUUUAAGUCCAGAACACUAUAGAACUUUCUAAGUGUUUUCUUUGGGGUUCCUGCCUCAGCAUUCUCUGAGAAGCUUGUAAAAGAAGGCAAAUUCUUGAGUCAUUCCCCAGACUUUCCAAGCUGGAAUUUCUGGGGAUGGGGUUCAGAUUCUGCAUUUAUAAAAAGAGCCUUCUUAAAUUUGAACAUCUCUGCCCUAAACUGUGGAUUGGUGCUCCCAUCACCACUCCCACACUGUAACAGGAUGGAUUCAGGGCAGAUUGUCUCCAGCAAUGAAUCAGACAAAAGUGCUCCACCAACCAGGCCCUUGAAUCACCUUCCUUGUCCUGUGAAUCAGCACAGCCUGCCGUGGCAAAGUUGUAUCAGCUCACUCCUGGAAAUGAUCAGUGAGGGUCCCAUCAUGGGCUGCUCAUAGUGCUGUGGACCAGGUGCUAAACUUACCUACCAGAGAUUAACAUUCCAGAUGAACGGGGCUGAUAUUUAAUCCUGGAUGGAAUAUGUUAUAACACUUAAGAAAUUAUACGAACAUGAAAUUCUUAUUCUCUAGAAAUUACAAAACGUAAGUAAAAUGAAGAAAUUUUAAGUCACCAUAAUUGUAAGGAACAGUCAAAUAUUGUUAGUAUAUUCUCCAGAAUUUUUCAAAUGCAUGAGUAUAUUUUCUGAAAGAAAACAGCCUAUUUUGCAUUUAUCAUGCCAUGAACUUGUACAUCAUCAUACCUAAUUUUUUUCUAAGAUCAACAUGUUUUAUAAUAUAUUCAUGAUUAUGAUACAGAGAUAGUAAAACUAAGUAUAAAUUGGGAAUAUUUUUCAAGUAAAAACAUGGCAUUCUCUACCUAUGAACACAAACAAUAUUAAUUCGAACUAAAUGUCUUGUUUAACCAAUCACAAUUUUCCAAAAGAUGUUUAUGAUUUCUUCCAAUAACAAGAUCAUAAAAUAUAUACUAUCCUGCAGAUCAUUUUUUUGUCCUCUGACAAAUAUAGUUUUCUUUUUUAUAAAACAAUUGUAGUAUAUUCUUUUAAAUUUAUAUAUACUCUUACAGUUGAGCAGAUGUUCCAUAAUUUACCAAAGUAUUCAUCUCUCAUUGUAAUUCCCUUUUUCUUGUAAAUUACAAAAGUUGUGGUUAAUAUUAAGACAGCUUUUGACUAAAUGGCUUUUAGAAUUGCUGUGUCAAAGAAAACGAAAAAAUUAAAUUGGCUCUAGGUUGCCUUCCAAAAAUACAAUAUUUACUUAAAUCUUCUACAGUUACAACACCAACAUCUGCAAAAAUAGAACUAAUAUUUUUUAAGUGUGACUUUUCAAAAAAUCUGGAAACAUUGCAAAGUAGGAUGAUCGCAUUCUAAUAAUUUCAUAUUCUUAAGUGCCCCACUGUCAUCUUCCUUUACUUCUGGAAGGAAACAUGUAGAUAUUAACACAGUUGCACCUUCACCUCCUCAUCCCUUUCCCCACUGGCAGUAGGUUUAAUAGCAAGCCCCAUGUGGGUAUUAGCAUUUAAUGGAGCAUCACUCCUAUUCUCGGCUUCGUCCAUUCAGUCAGAGUCUAAUCUAACCUACAAAAGCCUUACCCAGUCCACAACACCCGCCCUAUCCCCAAAUCUAACACUUUCAGUGACCACUGGUUUUGGCAACUCUGUGACUGCUUCCUGGCCAGCACCGUGGCUUCUUCAAACCUUGUUUAUUUUUCCAAAUUGUCCUGGAUAUGAGCAUCUUCUCUGCCCUACGGCUGCUGCCUUCCUCUAAGAUGGCCGUGCCCGUGGUGCUCCAGCUAAGGCUCCACUCUCAGCUAUAAUGGGCACAAAGGGUGCCGCCAUCUUUUUUCCCCACAGCAGGCUGAAUAGAAUGCCACUGCGCCGUGUUGGCCUUGGCUGGGCACCCGACUCUUGAGUGUCCCUUGCAACGAAGAGAGAAAGGCACUGAGGUGGCUAAGAGUGAUUCCCACAGCCAUUAUGGCCGCUCCUGUCAGAAACGCUGCGAUAGGCGCAGCCCUGUGACCUCAUAGAGCGGCGCCCGCAGUCUGAACUUGCGAUCCCGGGCAGGCUCCGUGGUCCUUGCCUCACUUCAUCUUCUUCACCGCUCAGCUUCUCGUAGGCCGCGCAGGAGCGCGUCUGAAUAGGAAGCGUUUUCGGACGUGGAUGCGGCGUUUUGUCGCUGCCGGUGGUGUCUGGAGAGGUUCGGGCUCGGGUGAGUCGAGUUCUGGGCAUGGACUCGCGGCCUGUGGGUCUGUGUACCGAUGUCCUCAGGUCCUGGCUCCCAGAAGCAAGAUAACUCAAGUGAAGCAAUGAAGGAAGAAGAAGGAGGUUGCUGGCCUUGGAUAUCAUAAUUUCUGGGGACAACUUUAAGUGGACACUAAUAUUUCUGACUAGGAAAACUUCAAAAACUUCAUGGCAAAUGCAGAAGAGACAAAGACGUAUAGUCCAUGUUAUCCACUAUUUUCUGAGCACAGAAGAAAAUGAUCAAGACCCAGGAAUCACUGUCCCUGGAGGAUGUGGCUGUGGAAUUCAGCUGGGAGGAGUGGCAGCUCCUGGACACUGCUCAGAAGAACCUGUACCGGGAUGUGAUGGUGGAGAACUAUAACCACCUAGUAUCACUGGGGUAUCAAACUAGCAAACCAGAUGUACUCUCCAAGUUGGCCCAUGGACAAGAACCAUGGAUAACAGAUGCUAAAAUCCAGAAUAAAAAUUGUCCAGGAAUCAGGAAAGUUGACAGUCAUCUGCAAGAGCACUCUCCAAACCAAAGAUUUCUGAAGAGUGUGCAGCAAUGCAAUGGACAGAAUACACUUAGAAAUAUUGUACAUCUCAGCAAGACACAUUUUCCUAUGGUGCAAAAUCAUGAUACAUUUGACUUGUACAGAAAAAAAUUGAAAUCAAGUUUAAUCAACCAGAAGAGAAGACAUGGAAUAAAUAACCCUGUUGAGUUUAUUGGAGGUGAGAAAACGCUUCUACAUGGUAAGCAUGAAUGUACGCAUACUAAAACUAGAUUUUCUGAAAAUGCAAAAUGCAUCCAUACUAAAUUCCAAGUCUUCAAGCAUCAGAGGACUCAGAAAAUUGAGAAACCCCAUGCAUGCAUUGAAUGUGAGCAAACCUUCCUUAGGAAGUCUCAGCUCAUUUACCAGGAGAACAUUUGUAUACAAGAGAAUCCUGGAAGUGGUCAAUGUGAGAAAUUAUCCAGAAGUGUCCUGUUCAAUAAGUAUCUGAAAACUAAUAUAAGAGACAAAAUCUGUAUACCCAAUGAAUAUAGAAAAGGCUCUACUGUGAAGAGUAGGCUCAUUACACAUCAACAAACCCAUACAGAAGAGAAAUCCUAUAUGUGCAGUGAGUGUGGAAAGGGCUUUACAAUGAAGCGCUAUCUAAUUGCUCAUCAGCGAACUCAUAGUGGAGAGAAACCUUACGUGUGCGAUGAAUGUGGAAAAGGUUUCACUGUGAAGAGCAAUCUCAUUGUACAUCAGCGAACUCAUACAGGGGAGAAACCCUAUAUAUGCAGUGAAUGUGGAAAAGGCUUCACCAUGAAGCGCUAUCUUGUUGUACAUCAGCGAACUCACACUGGAGAGAAACCCUAUAUGUGCAGUGAAUGUGGAAAAGGCUUUACCGUGAAGAGCAAUCUCAUUGUACAUCAGCGCUCCCAUACAGGAGAAAAAUCUUACGUAUGCAGUGAAUGUGGAAAAGGCUUCACUGUCAAACGCACUCUCAUUAUACAUCAGCGAACUCAUACAGGAGAGAAAUCUUACAUAUGCAAUGAAUGUGGUAAAGGCUUCACCACAAAGCGCACUCUUAUUAUACAUCAGCGAACUCAUACAGGAGAAAAACCCUAUGAAUGCAAUGAAUGUGGUAAAGCCUUCAGCCAGAAAAUAUGCCUCAUACAACAUGAGAGAUGUCAUACAGGAAAGACUCCCUUUGUAUGUACCGAGUGCGGAAAAUCCUAUUCACACAAAUAUGGCCUCAUUACUCAUCAGAGAAUUCACACAGGAGAGAAACCUUAUGAGUGCAAUGAAUGUGGAAAAGCCUUCACCACAAAGUCAGUACUCAAUGUACAUCAAAGAACGCAUACAGGAGAGAGGCCGUAUGGAUGCAGUGAUUGUGAGAAAGCCUUCUCCCACUUAUCAAACCUUGUCAAACAUAAGAAAAUGCACACAAGAGAAAUGGGUAGAAUCAGUCAAGUUGAAAACUCCUGUAAUGGAGAGUCACAGCUCCUUCCUUAUAAGUGAACUCAUGCAGAAGAAAACCCUACUAGUACAGUGACUAUGGAAAUGGCUUUUGUGGCAACUCAGACUUCAUUAAUCAGUGUGUUUCUAGCCACUUGGAACAUAAACAUGGUGCUGCCUGUUGACAGAUGUGUGUCUGUCCUCAGGAGGUGAAAUAAUUUGCCCUAGAGAUCAACUUGAUGAAUACAGUAAAUAAGGUAGUGCCUUUAGUGGUCUUUUACCUCAUAUUUUCUGUCAAUGAAAACACGUUGAAUAAACUAUAUUAAUGUGGAGAUGUUUUGAGCAAUAAUUUCUGCUCAUAUGUCUGAAAAGUAUACAGAGAUAAAUUCUGUGAAUACAAAGACUAGGAAAAGUCUUCCGUGGAAAGAUAGACUUUAUAAUCAGGUUUCCUCAUAGAUUUCAACGUAAGUGAGCUUAUUGUUGAUAGGAACAUGAUGACCAUGACAAAGUCUUUACCCAGAAAUAUGACCUCAGUGAGUGUCAAAGUUUACACUGGAGAAUAACUUUAAGGUGACAGUAUUAACGGCAGGAUUUCAGUGAUGCACUCUGCUUCAUCAUUUGUCAGGAGAUCACAUAGAAAGUAAAAUUGUUCCGAACAUACUAUCAAAUAAAUGUGGGACACCUUUAGCAAACUAUCAAGAGCUCAUGAAGGCAUGAAAUGUGGUGAAAAUGAUGAAUAUCUGAGUGCUUUUUCUCAAUACGUAUAACCUUAAACAUCAGCUAAUACACCUGGUGUGCAUUUUCAGACAGGAUACCUUAAUCCUCAUUUCUACUUGCCUUGCCAAUGACUCCAUAAUAUACUGUCUCAUUACUGUUUAUUUUUACUGUUUUGUAAAAUUGUGGUAUAAUAAGAAAUACAUUUGGUCUUUGUUCCUGGUUCCUGGCACAGAGCUCCUAAAACCCUUAGAAUUUCAUGAGUGAUAGGAGUGUUUUUUUUUGUUUUGUUUUGUUUUUGCUGUUGUUAUUCAUAGCACUGCCCUUUUAAUUACACCUGAUUAUACUACUGAGGUGACUUAUGGUUGGUCCCCUAGACAGCCUCAGAAUGGGGCUGUUCCCUAGGAAGAUCAAGUAACUAGAGGAUGGAAACUUUGUGCCCCAUUUCUCCCACCUCCUGGAAGGGGAGGGGUACUGGAGAUUAGAUUAGACAAUGAGAUUAAGGGAACUCCAAAUAGCCCAGAAGGGUGGUGCACCCCCAACUUCAUAGGGAUGGAGGCUCCUGAGAUUAGGAGAACCCUUUUUAGGCUCUACUCUAUGUACCUCUUCAUUUAAGUGUUCAUUUGUAUCCUUUAUAACCAGUAAAACAAAGUACGCUGUUUUCUUGAGUUUUGUGAACCCUGUAGCAAAUUAUCAAACCUGAGUAGGGGUAGUGGGAACCCGGAAUUUAUCACCAUUCAGAACUGCAGGUUGUCCUUGUGAGUGGCAUCUGAUGUGGGGGAAGUCUUGGACUGAGCCCCUUUAACUUGUGGAGUCUGCACUAACUUGGAGAAGUUAAUGUCAGAAUUGAAUUGUAGAACACCCAGUUGGUGUGGGAGAAUUAGAGAAUUUAUUGGUGUCAGAAAAUACUCCAGAACAACCACCCCAUAUUAUGAUUAGCUCUUUUCCUUUCUUUGGCUCUAAGCUUAAUUGUACGUUAAGCAAACUUAAGUAGUUUAAAAAGAAACUGAAUAUGUUAAAUAUAUUAACAUAACAACAUAUUUGGACUUGCUUAACUAAGAUUAUAGAGAUGAUCAGUUUAUAAAACCACCUUCAACUUAAAUAAAUUUGAACUCAAAAGAAAUUGCAAAACUAGUCUAGAGGCUUUGCUUGUGUCCUUCAACUAAUUUCUAGUAAUGGUUACAUUAUUAAUUAAUGUAAUAUCCUACAUAACCAUAAUUAUCAAAACCAUAAAAACAACAUUGGUAGGAUACUAUAAAGUAAACUAAUCUUAUUUGGGAUUUGACUAAUUUUUAUGUUUUUUUCUUUUUUAGUUUGUACUCUAAGAAGUUGUAUUACAUGUAUAGAUUUGUGUAACCACUGCAACCACAUAAAACUAAUGAACACAAAGUCCCUCAUGCUACGUUUUAUGCUUACACUCCAUCCAAACCUAACUCUGCCAACCACUUUUCUCCUAUCAGUACAAUUUCAUAAUUUCAUGAAUGUGAUAAAAAUAAAAUUGUUUUUGUAAAUGGUUUUUAUAAAUUUUAUAUAAAUAAGUUAUAUGAAUUUUCAUUGAUAGAGAGUAUGUAAGCUUUUGGCAUGUUUGCCACUCAGCAAAUUACUCCUAAGGUUUAUAUGAGUUGAUGAAUCGUUGUUUUAUUAUUAUUUUUUUACCACCAUGUAUCUCACCAGAUGAAAGUUGUUUAUAUUAGAGAGUAGUAUACAUAUUUGAUGUACUAGUUUAUCCAUUCACCUAUGAGAUAUAUUUGCACUGUUUUCCUGGUUUUAAGUGCUAUAAAUAAAGAUGCUGUGAAAUCUA